AUGACAAAUCCAUCCCAGCUCUUUCUGCUCGCCGACCACAUCAAAUUAUCGCUUCUAGAACGCCAACGCGCUAUAUCUCUAGACCUAGAGCCGAACGCACAAGAUGGGGAGAUAUCUCGUUCCCUUGAGUCACUACAGGAAGGUAUCCGAGCCGUAGAAGCCGAGCAGACCCGGUUAGCAGAUUCCCACGACAGCGCAGGCGCCGCAUCUGUGAAGGACCAACUCAUCCCCCUGCAGGAGCAGCUAAGGGAACUUUCAGCUCAAUUCUACGGCGAUGACUACAGCCAGGAUCUGACAUCGAACACAUCGCCCGAUCUCAAACAACCCGUUCCACAACAUCCUUCGUCCAAAUCAGUGCGGUUCAUGGAUAGAUCCGCCGCCGCCACCGCUGUACAAGAAGAGAUUGAUGAAGAAGAAGAACGCAGUCGUCAAAAUCUUUUCCGACCGUACCGUGAUGAGCCGUCACCUCCACCGGUAGACCAGUCCAAUAUGUCCAACGAGCAAAUUCACGAUCAUCACAGCCAGGUCAUGCGCGAACAGGAUGAUCAUCUAGAUCGGCUUGGGGAGUCGAUCGGACGCCAGCAUCAACUGAGUAUUCAGAUUGGAGAUGAACUUGAUGGACAUGUUGCGUUACUGGACGGUAUGGACGACGAUGUUGAGCGUCACGCUGGUCGUUUGACUACUGCUAGGCGGCGACUGGACCGGUUCAGUCGCAAGGCUGGUGAGAAUUGGAGUAUGAUGACUAUUAUUGGAUUGAUUAUUAUUCUUGUGAUCUUAAUCGUGAUUUUGAAAUAG